CCACGUCACAUUACGUCACCUCCACACGGGCCUCGCUUCCACGCUCCGCGCACCGAGCUGUCAUUUCACCGGGAGAGGCGAAGGGCAUCCGGGAUAUUGAACAAGAGGGGAGGCACUGAAACUCGUUUCUCGAGUGGACUAACAGAACAGUGGGCAGUGGAACCAAGUCAUUUUAUCCCUCUCUGUCCUGGGACUAACCUCGGUGGAGUGAGUUUUUUAUCCCGUCGUCGUUUUGAGGUUGAGGACGUCUGGCCUGUUGGCCUGACCACCGCAUACAAUAAGGACUGCUGAUGCAUCGUUUAAGGACUUGUGCGGCGCGAUUGCGCCCGCUAACUGCCUCACAGGCAGCUCAGACUGUCGGCCCACAGCGGCCAAUAACAGUCGCCUCCACUGGUGGCACAAGGACGUUUCAGCCAAUCAGAUGCUACACUGCACCUGUGGCCUCGGAGCCGUUCCUGAAUGGGACAAGCUCCAACUACGUGGAGGAGAUGUACUUUGCCUGGCUGGAGAACCCCAAGAGUGUUCACAAGUCAUGGGAUGUAUUUUUCAGGAACGCCAAUGCCGGUGCUCCUCCCGGUGCAGCCUACCAGUCUCCUCUGGCUCUGUCUGCAGUUCCUCAGCUCUCCUCUCUGGUCGGAGCUCAGCCCAACGUGGAGAAGCUGGUGGAGGAUCACCUGGCUGUCCAGUCCCUUAUCAGGGCCUACCAGAUUCGAGGGCACCAUGUGGCCCAGUUGGACCCCCUCGGCAUCAUGGACGCCGACCUGGACUCGUGUGUCCCCACUGACAUUAUCACCUCCUCCGACAAGCUGGACAUGGCUGUGUUCAAGGAGAGGCUGAGAAUCCUUACGGUAGGAGGUUUCUAUGGUCUGGAUGAGUCCGACCUGGACAAGGUGUUCCGGCUGCCCACUACCACCUUCAUCGGUGGCUCAGAGAGCGCCCUGCCAUUGAAGGAGAUCAUCCGCCGACUGGAGAUGGCGUACUGUCAGCACAUCGGUGUGGAGUUCAUGUUCAUCAAUGAUUUGGAACAGUGUCAGUGGAUCAGACAGAAGUUCGAGACUCCAGGAGUGAUGCAGUUCACUCUGGAGGAGAAGAGGACACUGCUGGCCCGCAUGGUCCGCUCCACCAGGUUUGAAGAGUUCCUGCAGAAGAAGUGGUCUGCAGAGAAACGUUUUGGUCUGGAAGGCUGCGAGUCUCUGAUCCCAGCUCUGAAAACCAUCAUUGAUAAAUCCUCUGAGAACGGGGUAGAAAACGUCAUCAUGGGGAUGCCUCACAGGGGACGUCUUAAUGUUUUGGCUAACGUGAUCCGUAAAGAGUUGGAACAGAUUUUCUGUCAGUUUGACUCCAAACUGGAAGCUGCUGAUGAGGGCUCUGGAGAUGUAAAGUACCAUCUAGGAAUGUACCAUCGUCGUAUCAACCGUGUGACAGACAGGAACAUCACCUUGUCUCUGAUGGCAAACCCGUCUCACCUGGAAGCUGUGGACCCCGUGGUGCAGGGAAAGACCAAGGCAGAGCAGUUCUACUGUGGAGACAACGACGGCAACCGGGUGAUGUCCAUCCUGCUCCACGGAGACGCAGCUUUUGCAGGUCAGGGUAUCGUCUACGAAACCUUCCACCUGUCUGACCUGCCGUCAUACACCACGCACGGGACCAUUCACGUCGUCGCCAACAACCAGAUCGGCUUCACCACAGAUCCUCGUAUGGCUCGCUCGUCUCCGUAUCCGACGGACGUGGCUCGGGUUGUCAACGCUCCCAUCUUCCACGUCAAUGCUGAUGACCCCGAGGCCGUCAUCUACGUCUGUAAGGUGGCUGCUGAGUGGAGGGCCACGUUCCAUAAAGACGUGGUGGUCGACCUGGUGUGUUACCGUCGGAUGGGUCACAACGAGAUGGACGAGCCAAUGUUCACUCAGCCGCUGAUGUACAAACAGAUCAAAAAGCAGAAGCCGGUUCUGCAGAAAUAUGCAGAGAAACUGAUUGCAGAGGGAGCAGUGAGCCGGCAGGAGUACGAGGAGGAGAUUGCCAAAUAUGAUAAGAUCUGUGAGGAGGCGUACAAUCGCUCUAAAGAUGAGAAGAUCCUCCACAUCAAGCACUGGCUGGACUCCCCCUGGCCUGGUUUUUUCACUCUGGACGGACAGCCAAAGUCCAUGAGCUGCCCCUCCACCGGUCUAACUGAAGAAAACCUGAACCACAUCGGAGUUGUGGCCUCAUCUGUCCCAGUGGAGGACUUCACCAUCCACGGAGGUCUGAGUCGUAUCCUGAAGAGCCGAGCCGAGAUGGUUCGUAACCGGACGGUGGACUGGGCUCUGGGAGAGUACAUGGCCUUUGGAUCGCUGCUGAAGGAGGGAAUUCACAUCCGGCUGUCAGGACAGGACGUGGAGCGUGGCACAUUUAGCCACCGUCAUCAUGUCCUCCAUGACCAGAACGUGGAUAAGAGGACCUGCAUUCCCAUGAACCACCUCUCUCCUGACCAGGCACCGUACACCGUCUGCAACAGCUCGCUGUCCGAGUACGGAGUACUGGGCUUUGAGUUGGGUUUUGCGAUGGCAAGUCCCAAUGCUCUGAUCCUGUGGGAGGCUCAGUUCGGAGACUUCCACAACACGGCUCAGUGCAUCAUUGAUCAGUUCAUCUGUCCCGGUCAGGCCAAGUGGGUCAGACAGAACGGCAUCGUGCUGCUGCUGCCGCACGGCAUGGAGGGCAUGGGUCCAGAACAUUCUUCAGCUCGUCCAGAGCGAUUCCUCCAGAUGUGCAACGAUGACCCAGAUGUCAUGCCGCCACUCACAGAGGACUUUGCAGUGCGUCAGCUCUACGACUGUAACUGGAUCGUGGUGAACUGUUCAAAUCCUGGAAACUACUUCCAUGUUCUCAGACGACAGAUCCUCCUUCCAUACAGGAAGCCUCUGAUUGUCUUCACUCCCAAAUCUCUGCUGCGCCAUCCAGAGGCCAGAUCCAGCUUUGACGAGAUGCUUCCUGGAACUCACUUCCAGCGGUUGAUCCCAGAAGAAGGCAUGGCUGCGGAACGUCCGGAGGAGGUGAAGAGGGUGAUCUUCUGCACAGGGAAGGUUUACUACGAGCUGACCAAAGAGAGGAAGACCAGAGGCAUGGAUGGAACUGUGGCCAUCGCACGCAUAGAGCAGCUGUCUCCGUUCCCGUUUGACCUGGUGAAGGCGGAGUCUGAUCGUUUUGCCAACGCCGACCUGGUUUGGUGUCAGGAGGAGCACAAAAACCAGGGUUACUACGACUACGUGAAGCCUCGCAUCAGGACCACCAUCCAGAGAGCCAAACCUGUCUGGUAUGCUGGCAGAGAUCCGGCUGCAGCUCCGGCUACAGGAAACAAGAAAGCUCACCUGGUGGAGCUGCGACGUUUCCUGGACACAGCCUUCAACCUGGACGCGUUCAAAGAUCAGCAGUAGACCUGUGACCUGCAACACCUCGAAUAAACCCUCCCCGUUUUUACCUUUGACCCGACCCUCCUGGAUUCAGUUCUGACACUCAAACUGCGUCAACACACACACACACACACACACACACACACACACACACACAAACACACACACAGUAAUACUGCAUACUGUAGGGAAUGGUACACAAAUAAUACUUCUGCAAAUUCUGCACACUGCUUACUGCAUAGUUUGUAAAUAUUGUGUACUACGUAAACAGUACACAAAUAGUGCAUACUGCGUAGUACACAGUGUUUACAACAAACUGUUGUACAUGCAGAUCCUCACUUUUACACUGUAUUUAUUUACUGAAGUCCAGUUGAACAACACCAUUUAGACUAAAACAAAAAUAUUUUAAAAUGUUUAAAUGUUAUAAUUUUAAAUUGCCAACAGAAGGAAAGGUUUGAAUCCUUUUUAUUAUUUCUUCGUUUUACAAAGCAGUACUACAGUUUUCUGUGUACUACUACUGUAUUGUACUGUCAUUUUAUCACACGAACAUGAGAGAACAUUAAAGAUCUGUCCGAUUUAAAUGUUGACAGUGUAUUGAUUAUAAUUUCCAUUAUUCGCUUCGUCAUUAGAUCUAUAAAAUUCAGAAAAUGUAAAAGAAACAACUCAGAUGUCAGAUUUUAUAUAUAUAUAUCACACACAAAACACACACAAACAAUUGUUAUAAAACUAAUAAUUGCUUUAUUUAUAUAUAUAUAUAAAGCAGAAUUAUUAGUUGUAUCAGAAUUGUUUAUUUUUCUGCAGUGACUUAUUGUUUUAAAGAAAUUGUCACUGUGACCUGUUGUACCAGUAUACCAGCACUGCAAUAUGUACAGUGUGUACUUUAUGGUAUCAGUAUGUAGUAUUACAGUGCAGAUGCAGAGUACUGAUUACUAAAUAUAUGCACACUAAUUUGUUACAAUUAUGUGAUUAUGUACUACUGAGUACUACUACAAUACAGACAUCUGCCAUAGGAGUAGUCAGUGUGCAGUAUCAGUACUGUGUGUAAUUUGUUCAGUAGUGCAGAAGGCUGAACUCCACCACAGAACAACUUUCCUCAACAAGUUUCCUCAACAUAAUGCUACAUCAGAGGAUCUGUAGCUUUCGGCCGUUACAUGUAGCGCUACGUGUUGAUACAGAUGAACUAAACCAUCUUAACCUUUACAAUGGGGAUUAUAAACAUGAUUAUCAUUGCUUGGUGGACGCACAAGACCAGGAGGUGAAAUGUGGAUGUUAAGUUGAAAGAACCCCAUUUGUAAAAGAGAAAUGACUAAACAAAUGUGCUGUGAUGCUGCCAAUAUUCAGGUUCACAGACUCAUGGAGACCCAUUUUGAUUUAUUAAAAACCCAGUUUAUUAAAAAAAGUACACACAGAGUUCAGAGUUUUGAUACAAAAAAAGAAACAAAUGUAUAUGAUGAGAAAAAACAUCAAAUCCAACAGGUGACAAAGCUUGUCUUGCCUGUAAAUUCUUAAAUUUAAAAGUUGAUUAAAAAAUACGUCAGCUUUCUGUUGGUCUACAAUUUGUAGAGGCUCUGAGUCGAGACAUAAGGAAACUCUUGAGGUAACGAAGGUUUGUGGCAACACUGUACAAACUGAAGAGUUGUUGGAAGGGAAAGUUGCGCCGGAAAAGUUGUCGGUUGGAGUGAAGCCUAAACUGGAAUUUAAAGAUCAAACACACACACACACACACACACACACACACACCCCUCCGUCCAUACACAAAUACACGCACACUCCAGCUGAAUAAUUUUAAAGUGGGUCAGAAGUUAUGUCAUUGUCAUCACUCCCCUCACAAUCAUUGCUUCUUUAUCUGAAACGUUGCAGGAAACAUCUUACUUUAGGUUUUUAAUAAAUGGCUCGUUAGCAUCGUUAGCGUUCCCCAGGGAAAGCAAAUGGGAGCCUGGCUAGCUGGGAACAGUGAGUGUAACAUUUGAGGAUUGGAAUCACUACAGCAGGUGGAGGGUUGUUUUGCCUUUCAGCAAGUGUGUUGGCUCGUUAAGAAAAAGUCUAAUUAGUCACCAUGACAACGCUUAACUUGCAAAUUGAGAUUUUCUUUAUUUUAUUUUUUUUAAGGGAUAUUUUGGGGGAAUAAAAUGUUGGUGGCCUGCACCUUCAGGCAUCUCUACAUGAGCUCAACCAAAUGCACUGCAGGUUAUAAUUUAACCCCUUGGCUUCUGUCUCUUUUCUCUCUCGCGAGCGUUUAUCUCGUGCCAAAACAGUGUCUCAUUUUAUUAUUUCUUCAUGUUUCAGCUGAAUAACCCUUGUCAGCAGGAAAUAAAAUCUCCUGGUUUGAAACAAAAUAAAAUGACAACAGAAGAAAUCGGCUGCAGGUGGUGUUUUGGGCUUCUGUGAGACAAAGAAAAUGAUUUAUUUAUUUUCAUAAUAGGGGAUUGAAAUUCUUCAUUAUUUUGCUUCAUUGAAUAAAGAAUACUGUAUGUAUUGAAGUC